AUGAUCAUGUGUUGCAGCACUGCUCACAAUGGCAUUGGCCAGGCUGCUGGAGUCCGUUGGCGCUGGCUGGCAAUUCCAAUUUUUGAUGCUCAGCUGCACUCGUGUGGACAGUUUCCGCAGCUGUCAUUUGGCAUAGACGCUACAUUCGACAUUCCUGCAGGCAUCAUCCUCAUCCAGCAAUUGCUGUGGCGCAGUUUGGGCUUGGGCUCGGCGGCCACGACUGCCGUAACCAUGGCCGACAUGUCCCGUGUUGUGGCGACCGCCACAAAGAGUCGAGUUUCCGCUUCUUCGGAGGCGACGGCCUUCAAAUUUGCGUCCGUGUCCUCUGGUUUGCCAGAUUCCUGCUCGGCAAUGGCGUUGCAAAUCAGAAUCCGUGAAGAUAAACAUGCGCAAGCCUCAGAGGCUGAGCGGUCGAGGUUGCUUCGGAGCUUUCAGCUGGCUGCUGAUCCACCGGAUGUGGCAUCAAUGUCAUGCGCACUUGCUGCAAGAAGACAGCUCACUUUUCAGCCUGGUGUCCGCACUUUCCGCCGUGUUAUGCGGCCUCCACAUUUGCGUCCCCCAAAUGCGUCGUAUCUGUGGGCGACUGUGGCAGCCACGCCCCUAUGGUGGGUGCUGUCCUUGGUCCCCCAGCAAGCACGAUGCAAAUGGCUAUGUUUCACAUGGACCGCCCAGCGUGGUCAGCUUGCAAAAGCGUCCCGUUCCACGAUUCAGUUUUCAGGCUUGUCCUGCAGGGGCUUCUGCGUUGGAUUGGUGCAGCAAGGGCUUUGCAGGUCAGCGUGUUUGCCUCUGUCCAGCCAACACCUGUCGGCCGUUUUGCUGGUUUUUCUGCGCAAGGUGGGCGAGUUGCGACAUCCAAGUGUGCCGACAAGUGACAAUUCAGUCGAUGCCAACCGUCACAUUCAGCAAUCUGGGUUGAAGGCUUGCAGAAGCUUCUCGUUCGGUGAUGCAGCUUUCAGGCUUGUUCUGCAGGGCCUUCUAGGUUGGAUUGGUGCUCUUCAUCAAAACAUUGACGACAGAUCAAGGGCUUCGCAGGUCAACAUGUUUGCCUCUGUCGAGCACCAACCUCAUCUGCCCGCCUCGCUGACAAGUGACAUUUCAGUCAACGCCAACCUUGGUAGCUGGCCUUUAUACGGACUGUUCCAUGAUGCCCUGCUGCCGGCUUUGACAUUGACCGGCAGACGGUCGAUUUCGUGUCACGUCUUCCUCAUAAGUCGGUUGGCGUGCUUUCUUGAGUAUGCGUGGCAUCCUGUGGUUCAAGCCCUUGCUUGUGGUUUCCCAAUCGACAUUGACCGUUCUGCCUUGUAUCCGUCUGCAAUCCGCAUCCAUGUUAUGGUGUUUUUCUUCUCCGUGCACAUCGUGUGUCACCGCGCAGCCAGUCUUGCCAGCAAUCGUGAGGAGGACGAGCGUGUGCGUGCAGGUCCGAAAGUGGCCGCUGUGUCGCCAGCUCAACAGGACUGUUGUGCGGGUGAAGCGAGCUUACAGGCUUGGUCGUGGUACAUCUACUCCAUCGUCAGUGAUCCAUCACCGGAUUAUUCUGUCGAUUGUCGUUCGGGAGCCGGUCCACCCACUCCCCAAGGUUAA